UUUUUGCUGAGAUUUCUGAAAGAAAUUUGUAUUUUUCUACGGUCUCAGAAUUGUUGGGAGAGCCACUUGCUCACUGUUUGGACCCGAAAAUCGGAGAUCGAACGAUUUCGAAAUUCUCCUGUAUUGAAUCUUGACUGUUGAGAUGUUGGCUCGGUUGAUUUUUCAUGAUGAAAUGUUGGUCGUUACGGAAUUUCAAUCAAUGCGGAUCCAUUUCUUCAGCUUAUUCAGUUGAAUGAAAUCGAAGCCGGAGCUUGAGUUUCUGAUUCUUGUGACUGUAAGGAAUUAGCUAGAAUGCCUUUCUCAUCGUUCACCGGUGGCGGUGGCCGUCGUGGAGGUUGGGGCAGUUCGAUUCUUCCGUUUUCCGCUGUUUCACCCAAUGCUAAAUCUAAGCACAACCGGAAGUUUCGCCGGAGGCUGGCUGUUCGUGACUUCAUUUUUGCUAAUUUCUUCACCAUUGGCAUUUUGAUCUCAUUCUUUUUUUUCUUCAUUGUUCUUCUCCGUUACGGCGUUCCGAAGCCGAUUGCGUCUCCUUUCAAAUCGCAUGCUAACAGAUCGCAUAGGCCGCGUAAGCCGAUCGUGAACGAGAAUCGGAACAGCGAGGUUUUGAGUUCUAAUGUGGAUAUUACGACCAAGGAAUUGUACGACCAGAUUGAGUUUCUUGACGUCGAUGGCGGUCCUUGGAAACAAGGAUGGAGAGUGGCCUACGAAGGAGACGAGUGGGAUUCAGAGAAAUUGAAGGUUCUCGUGGUGCCUCAUUCUCAUAACGAUCCAGGUUGGCUGCUAACUGUGGACGAGUACUACGAGAAGCAGACUCGUCAUAUUCUUGACACCAUUGUUGAAGCGCUUUCACAGGACUCUCGGCGGAAGUUUAUAUGGGAAGAGAUGUCUUAUCUGGAGAAAUGGUGGAGGGAUGCUUCAGACGAGAAAAGAGAAUCGUUUGUUGCUUUAGUUAAAACUGGGCAGAUAGAAAUCGUGGGAGGUGGAUGGGUGAUGAACGACGAGGCCAAUUCACAUUAUUUUUCUAUAAUUGAGCAGAUGGCAGAGGGGAAUAUGUGGUUGAAUGAGACCAUUGGCGUUGUUCCGAAGAACUCUUGGGCAAUCGAUCCAUUUGGUUAUUCACCCACAAUGGCAUAUCUUCUUCGUCGCAUGGGCUUUGAGAACAUGCUAAUACAGAGGACCCAUUAUGAGCUGAAGAAGGAACUUGCUCUGCACAAAAAUCUAGAAUUCGCUUGGAGACAGAGCUGGGAUGCUGAAGAAACUACUGACAUUUUUGUGCACAUGAUGCCUUUUUAUUCUUACGAUAUUCCACAUACUUGUGGACCAGAGCCGGCCAUUUGUUGUCAAUUUGAUUUUGCCCGAUCACGUGGUUCUUUUUAUGAACUAUGUCCCUGGAGACAAGAUCCUGUUGAGAUCAACAAGGAAAAUGUUCAAGAGAGGGCAAUGAUGCUACUUGAUCAGUAUAGAAAGAAAUCAGUGCUAUUUAGGACAAAUACCCUUCUCAUUCCUCUUGGUGAUGAUUUUCGAUACAUUAGCACUGCUGAAGCCGAGGUUCAGUUUAAGAACUAUCAGUUGUUAUUUGAUUAUAUUAAUUCCAAUCCAAGUUUAAAUGCUGAGGUAAAGUUCGGUACCUUGGAAGACUACUUUCGAACUCUUCGUGAUGAGUCUGAAAAGAUAAAUUAUUCUCUUCCUGGUGAAAUUGGCUCCAGUCUGGUUGGUGGUUUUCCCUCUUUGUCAGGUGAUUUCUUCACUUAUGCUGAUAGACAGCAGGACUAUUGGAGUGGCUAUUAUGUAUCUAGGCCUUUCUUUAAGGCUGUUGAUCGUGUACUCGAGCAAACACUUCGUGCUGCAGAAAUGAUAUUAGCUUUAUUGCUUGGUCCUUGCCAGAGAUCUCAAUGUGAGAAGUUGCCUAUUGGAUUUUCUUACAAGUUAACAGCUGCAAGAAGAAAUUUGGCUCUUUUUCAGCAUCAUGAUGGUGUCACCGGUACUGCGAAAGAUCACGUAGUACGCGAUUAUGGCGUUCGGAUGCAUACUUCUUUACAGGACCUGCACAUUUUCAUGUCUAAAGGAAUGGAAGUACUACUUGGAAUUCGCCAUGACAAAUCUGAUCAGAAUCCUUCACAGUUUGAACCGGAACAGAUGAGAUCUAAAUAUGAUUCCCAACCUAUACAUAAAGCAAUCAAUCUUCAAGAAGGAACUUAUCAAUCUGUGGUGUUUUUUAAUCCUCUAGAGCAGACAAGGGAAGAGGUUGCAAUGAUUAUUGUCAACAGGACAGAUAUUACUGUAUUGGACUCAAACUGGACAUGUCUUCAAAGCCAGAUUUCUCCUGAGUUUCAACAUGAUAAGGCUAAGCCUUUUACUGGCAGUCAUCGUAUCCUCUGGAAAAUUUCAGUUCCUGCCUUGGGAUUGCAAACAUAUUAUAUAGCAAAUGGAUUAUUUGAUUGUGAAAAGCCAAAACCAGCCAAACUGAAAUUCUCCUCAACUUCUACCUCAUUACCUUGCCCUACUCCUUAUGUAUGCUCUAUGGCUGAAGGCGACGUGGUUGAAAUCCAGAACCAGCACCAUUCACUCGUAUUCGAUAUCAAGCAUGGUUUGUUGCAUAAGAUAAGUAAUGCUGGUUCACGAAGUGUAAUAAAUGAAGAAAUUGCAGUGUACUCGAGCUGGGGUAGUGGGGCUUACCUAUUCAAACCAACUGGUGCUGCUAAAUCUAUCAUUGAAGCAGGUGGAUUGACCGUGAUCAUCGAGGGUCCUCUGAUGCAGGAAGUUUACUCUCAUCCAAAAACAGGAUGGAAGAAAUCCCCCAUCUCUCAUAGCACCCGUUUAUACAGUGGAGGCAAUACAAUUCAGGAGAACCUCGUUGAGAUGGAAUAUCAUGUAGAGCUAAUUGGCAAGGAAUUUGAUGACAGGGAGCUGAUAGUCAGAUACAAGACAGAUAUUGACAACAAGAGGGUAUUUUAUUCUGAUUUGAAUGGCUUUCAAAUGAGUCGAAGAGAGUCGUACGAUAAAAUCCCGCUGCAGGGAAACUAUUAUCCAAUGCCUUCUUUAGCAUUCAUGCAAGGAUCCAAUGGUCAAAGGUUCUCUGUCCAUUCUAGGCAGUCUCUAGGUGUGGCAAGCCUUGGAAAUGGAUGGUUAGAGAUUAUGCUCGACCGCCGUGUGCUCAGGGACGAUGGACGUGGCUUAGGACAAGGAAUAACAGAUAAUCGUGCAAUGAAUGUCGUUUUCCAUAUCCUUGUUGAGUCUAAUGUUUCAUCCAUAGUAAAUCCUAUUCCCAAUUACUCUCCUUUGAGCCCUUCUCUUCUUUCCCACUGCAUUGGUGCUCGCUUGAACUAUCCCUUACACGCAUUUAUUUCCAAGAAACCACAGUCUUUAUCCGUGCAUCCACCCCCAAGAUCCUUCUCUCCUUUAGCAGCUCCUUUGCCAUGUGACUUACAUAUUGUCAGCUUUAAGGUUCCUCGUCCACUGAAAUACUCGCAGCAAUCGCCUAAAGAUCCACCAUUUCUCUUAAUGUUUCAUAGGAGACACUGGGAUUCAUCAUACUGCAAGACAGCCAGAUCAAAUUGUACAAGGUUUGCUGAUGAGCCUUUCAAUAUAUUCAACACGUUCAAGGGGCUUGUGGUAUCGAACGCACGGCCAACUUCAUUAAAUCUGCUGCACGAAGACACAGAAAUGCUUGGAUAUAAUGAUGAACAACAGCCUGGGGGGGAUGAUGCUCAUGAAGGGCAGCUGCUUAUCCCUCCCAUGGAAGUAAGAGCUUACAAGUUGGAACUGACGCCACGUUAAUAAAACGCAGAAAUGCCAGUUUUUGUAGUUUUAACAAUGCUGAUAGCCUCCAAAUGAGCAUCCAUCCAUUAGGAACAGAUUCCCGAGUCCGAGAUCAUCGAUCAAGCCAUGAUAUCUAUCUAAUGCCAUGUAAAACAUACCAGAAUCAGGGGCUUGGCUUGCAGACUAUUUCUGGAGAUGGGUGACGAUGACGGUUUCUUCUUCGAUCUUAUUGAACUGUCUGGUUUCAUUCUCUGGAAGGUAAGUUGAUUGGAAUCAUUGAACUACAUUAUCUAAUUGUUUGAGUCAGUUUCGCACAUGGUUUUGAUUUUAAGCCAUGAGGUUAGAAAGUAGAAAAGGUCCACAUGGUUCAUGGGGUUUGGAUUAAGUUUUUAACCUUUUAAGUUCCCCUCACCUCAACACAGCCUCGGAAACUGUUUCCGGGUUAUCUAUGUAUUGUGGUACCUGUAAGUCAAACUAUAAAUCUAUGGAUCCGAACAUAACUCAA